AUGUCCACAGGAGGAAGUUUUUUAAAGAGACAACCAGCAAAGAAUGCUGCUGCCAAGAAACAUCUUAGAAAGAAGGAGUCAAGAGAAAUAGAGCUUAUUAAACAAGCAAUGUUUAUCAGAGGUUUAAAGACAUCACCAGCUAUUUUACAAUUAAUAAAGGAUUUGUAUAUCUUGAAAAAACCAGAUGCAAUUCAAUAUAGUAGAAAAAAUGAUAUUCAUCCAAUGGAAUCAGCAGAGUCGAUCGAAUUUUUAGGUGAGAAAUCGAAUUCCAGUCUUUUUGCAUUCGCUUCACACUCAAAGAAGCGUCCAAACAACUUGGUGAUGGGACGCCUUUUCAAUGAUACAGUUUUCGACAUGUUUGAGUUUGCCGUCGAGUACUUCCAACCGAUGGAGGCAUUCAAGGGUUCAAAGUCGAUGCUUGGCAACAAGCCAUGCUUCAUUUUCAACGGACAGGAUUUCGAGACCAAAGAAGAAGUGAAGCGUGUCGGUAAUAUGUUCUUGGACUUUUUCAGAGGACGUGUCGUCGAGUAUAUCAAUCUGGCCGGUCUCGAUCACGUGAUCGUUCUGACGGCCGUCGACGACCGCAUCCUAUUCCGUCACUACAGCGUCGUCUUUAAGCGUUCCGGAACAAAGAUUCCAAAGGUGGAACUCGAAGAGAUGGGUCCAUCGUUUGACGUUGCCAUUCGUCGUAGUAAGUUGCCAUCGUCCGACCUCGAAGCCGAGGCACACAAGAUUCACAAAUCCGUCAAACCCAAAGCAGACAGCAACAGAGAAUCAGACGUAUUCGGUUCACACGGUAAGAUCCAUAUGGGUAAGACCGACCAUAACCAAAUCGCUGUUAGACACACCAAAGCACUCAAAACAAGAAAGUCUGACAAAAACAAAGAACAAUCACAAGAAUAA